CCCUGGUGGGAAGGAAGUCGAGGCGUGAGCAGUGUUGUUAGUCACUUGUUGGCGGUGCUCGUAGUAAAGCAUAAUGACUCGCGACAUGGCUGCAAAACCUGAGAAAAAGGACGCUAAAAAGGAUGAAGAUAAGAAGGAUGGAGACAUUAAAGAAGAACUGUCAGAGGAGGACAAGCAGCUGCAGGAAGAGCUCAACAUGUUGGUGGAACGUUUGCAAGAGUCCAACACAGAAUUGUAUCGUCCAGCGCUGGAGCAAAUUCGUUCCCUCAUCCGCUCUUCAACCACCUCCAUGACCAGUGUGCCUAAACCCCUCAAGUUUAUGCGCCUCCACUACCAUGCCAUGAAGGAUAUCCAUGAGAAGAUCAAGGAUGUCAACCUGAAGAAAUUUGCUGCUGAUAUUGUGUCAGUGUUGGCCAUGACCAUGUCUGAAGAGCGGGAGUGCCUCAAGUACAGGCUGCUGGGAGAACGUGGCGAGGUUGGGAACUGGGGGCAUGAGUAUGUCAGGCACCUGGCUGGAGAAAUAGCCCAGGAGUGGGAAACUCUGGGUGAGGAUGAUGAUGCAAGGCGGACAGAGCUGAUUGCUGAUGCCCAUGUCAUAGUGCCAUAUCACAUGCAGCACAAUGCUGAGGCUGAGGCUUGUGACCUUCUGAUGGAAAUGGAACAACUUGAUCUCCUCACCUCCAAGAACUAUGUGGAUAAGGACGCUUACCAGAGGGUGUGCCUGUACUUGACCAGCUGUGUGCCAUACGUACCUGACCCAGAGAAUACCAACCUUCUGCAGACAGCUCUCCAGUUAUACCGCAAAUUUGGCCAGUACCCACAGGCUAUGAGGCUUGCCCUACAGCUGCAUGACCAUGACCUCAUCAAGCAACUCUUUGAUGAGUGUCCUGACAAACUGGUUAAAAUGCAAGUUGCCUUUAUGCUUGGGAGACAUCAAGUAUUUUUAGAGCUUCCUGAAGAAAUGGAUGAUUAUGAGGACUUCACAGAGAUCUUGUCCAACUCACACCUCAACACACAUUUCCUCUCCCUAGGACGUGAGUUGGACAUCAUGGAUCCCAAGACUCCAGAGGAUAUUUACAAGUCGCACUUGGAGAACAACCGUCCUACAUUUGGGCCUGGGCAGGUGGACUCAGCUCGUCAGAAUUUGGCCUCCUCCUUUGUAAAUGGCUUUGUCAAUGCUGCCUUUGGAACUGAUAAAUUGCUGACAGAGGAUGGAAACAAAUGGUUCUACAAAAACAAAGAGCAUGGUAUGUUGAGUGCUACAGCAUCCCUUGGUCUCAUUCUUCUGUGGGAUGUUGAUGGUGGACUGACUCAGAUUGACAAGUACUUGUAUUCCUCGGAAAACUUCAUCAAGUCUGGUGCCCUCUUGGCAUGUGGGAUUGUCAACAGUGGUGUGAGAAAUGAAUGUGAUCCAGCUCUUGCUCUUCUUUCAGAUUACAUUUCACACAGGGUCACAAUUAUUCGUAUUGGUGCCAUCCUGGGUCUGGGUCUGGCAUAUGCUGGUAGCAAUAGGGAAGCAGUGCUGAAGGUGUUGCUGCCAGUACUUUCUGAUGAUAAAUGUUCAUUGGAAGUGGUGGGCAUCACAGCUUUGGCAUGUGGCAUGAUUGCUGUAGGCACUACCAACCAGCUUGUGGUGGAGGCUCUGGUCACCACACUACUCGCCAAGUCUGAACUGGAGCUCAAGGAAACCUAUGCGAGGUUCAUUUCUCUGGGUCUGGCCCUUGCCUAUCUAGGCUGUCAAGACAAGUGUGAAGUGGUUCUUUCCUGCAUUGAAAACCUUCCAACACCUUUCAAGCAGAUGACAGGGACUCUAAUUGAAGUGUGCGCCUAUGCUGGUUCUGGUAAUGUCCUUAAGGUUCAAGAAAUGCUUCAUAUCUGUACAGAUCACUAUGACCAAGAAGAGUCGAAGUCUAAGGACAAGAAGGAUAAGGAUAAAGAUAAGGAUAAGGAUAAGGAUAAGGACAAGGAGAAGGACAAGGACAAACCUGAAGAGAAGGAGGUUGACCUGUCCUCUCAGCAGGCCGUGGCAGUACUUGGUAUUGCUCUCAUAUCCAUGGGAGAAGACAUUGGUGCAGAGAUGUCUUUCCGGCAGUUUGGGAACUUGCUGCGAUACUGUGAACCUGUCAUCAGGCGGGCAGUGCCUCUUGCAUUGGGCCUCAUUUCAGUUUCUAAUCCAAGACUAAAUAUCUUGGACACCCUCAGUAAAUUCUCCCAUGACUCUGAUUCUGAUGUUGCACACAAUGCAAUCUUUGCCAUGGGACUUGUGGGAGCUGGAACCAACAAUGCAAGAUUGGCUGCCAUGUUGCGACAGCUGGCUCAGUAUCAUGCUAAGGAUCCCAACAACUUGUUCAUGGUGCGACUAGCACAGGGCCUUACCCAUUUGGGCAAGGGCACCAUGACCCUCUCUCCUUACCACAGCAACCGGCAACUCAUGUCUCCAGUUGCUGUAGCUGGUCUGCUGGCAACCUGUGUAGCAUUUUUGGAUGCUAAAACUUUAAUCCUUGGCAAGAGCCAUUACCUGUUGUACUGCCUUGUGACGGCCAUCCAGCCCCGCAUGCUGGUCACCUUUGAUGAGCAACUCAACCCAUUGCCAGUGUCUGUCAGAGUGGGUCAGGCAGUGGAUGUGGUUGGCCAGGCUGGCAAGCCUAAGACGAUCACCGGCUUCCAGACCCACACCACCCCAGUGUUGCUGGCCCAUGGAGAACGAGCCGAGCUAGCCACUGAUGAAUACACUCCCCUUACACCCAUCAUGGAGGGCUUCGUCAUUCUCAAGAAGAAUGCAGACGUUGAUACGUAGGGCUUGUUAGACUAGGGACUUCAUUUUCUUUGUGUAUUCGUAUGACCUUUCGUUUUCAUUAUGAGGAAGGUAGCGUUAUUUAAGAUAGGCAAUAGAGAUUACUCCUCUUUCUCUGAUUACUAGUGGUAGGUGAUUUUUUUUUAUAUGAUAACUAAUAUCUGCAUUCAUUAUAUAUAUAUAUAUAUAUAUAUAUAUAUAUAUAUAUAUAUAUAUAUAUAUAUAUAUAUAUAUAUAUAUAUAUAUAUAAAGAUGCAUUACUGCAAUUUUAUGAUCGGUGUUUGUAGCAAGUAAAAUUUGUUAUAU